AUGUCGGGCCAACCCUCCGCGCCCAAGCGCACGGCUCAGCUGGAGCUCAACGCCGCCAACCUCGCGCAGCAGCGACAGCAACCGUUCGAAGCGCGCAUGCCGCGUAUCCGGGGCAAGGCGGGAGCCAAGGAUCUACUCCCGCUCGGUAGAGAGGGAGCCGUGUGUUCGCUGUGCGGGAUGGCAGGCCAUGACGCGGAGGUGUGCGCAGACAGACCCGCUCCCAAGCUUACGAUCGAUGUAUCGGACUUGGAUACGACGCAAGAUCCCCUGGAGGUGUCUAUGUCAGACCUUCCCGACUCACCGUCCGCGCUGUUUCCCAAGCCGACCGCCGCGGAGAUGCUCGCGAGGCGUAAGCAGCUGGAGGCGGAGGAAGCUGAGGCAAAAGCCAAGGAGGAAGCCAAAAAGAAAGCGCUCGAUCCAGGACCGAGGAUGGAUGGCGGUGGUGCAGAAGGCGGCGAACCUCCCCCAACGGAGCCCAGGGUCAUACCUCCGAAGCCGCCGCCACCGAAGAAGUGGGGGGUCCCGCCGCCGCCAAAGGACAAACUCCCGAUUCGCAAGGAGCACACGGCGGCGCCUCCUCCUCCCGGGCCACCCAGGCCGUUCGGUACUCCCGACAUGCGACUGGAUAGGAUGGAUCUCACGAAAGAUCUCGCUGGGUUCGAGCAGGAGCGGGCGCGCAUACGCGAGAAGGCUGUGCACGAUCUCACUGAGGACGUGGUGGACACCGUGCUCUCGAGGGACGCAGCCGUGAACCUCACCAGGGAGUCCAUCGAAAACGUGAUCGAGAAAGCCGCGGAGGAGCAGGCAGCCGAGCUCAAAAGGCAGCAGGCGGAAGCUCUCGCAAAGAUGGGCGUCGGAGGGGACGGAGCCGGGCCGGAUGCGGGGUCUGGACAGGCGCUCGUGCAGGAGGCUCGGGCGAAAAAACCACUGCCGGGCGUUCAAACUCCCCACUCGAUUUUGCCUGGGUACCCGCCGACUGAGCCCUUGAAGCCUAAGCCGAGAGCCCGACAGCCCAACGUGAUUGACGACGAGGCCGAUGCGGUUCGGGAUAUGGUGGACGAGGCCAUCAUCGGCGCCAUCGACGCGAACGCCGCGGAUGACAAUGCGGUGCACGACUUAAUGGCCACGGUCCUGACCAACGUCAUCGAGGGACCGCCGCCCCCUGAGGAUGAAUUCCCAGAGGAGGGCGGCAGCGCGGCGUUGGAGGCGGCGCUGCGUGAUGCGAAUGAACAAACAUCGACGCUGAGGGUACGCCUCGAGGAGGCUAAUCGUGAAAGCGCGAGGGAGCGGUCCGAGCAUUUUGCGAGGGUGGAGUCUCUGGUGAUGGAACUUCACGAGGCUCGCGAGGAGAUCGCGUCUCGAACCGACGCGGCGACUGAGGCUGAGCUUCGAGAGCAAGAGGCUCUAGCGGCGAUCAAUGCCCUCAAGGCUCAGUACGAUGCCGAGCGGCAGAGCGCGAGGGAGGAUGCCGAGGCUGUCAAAGUGGCGGCGCGAAUGGCUUCGGAGGCUGUCGCCGAGGAGGCCAAGAGGGCAAAGGACAAGCUCGAGAUUAUCUCGAGGAACGCGGAGCGCGACGCCGCGAGGGCGAAGGAGCAGAUUGAAAACCUCAGGAGGCAGCUCGACGUCGCGGAAAUUAAGGCCAAAAAGGCUGCGGACAUCUCGUCGGAGGCUCUCGCGGAUGCCAAGGGAGACCUGAUGCACGCGCGAGAGGAGGUGAAGGAGUGGGCCAGAAAGGCUCGCGCUGCGGAUGGUCGAGCCGCCGCGGCGGAGGAAAAGGCGAACAAGGCGCUCGCCCGAGCGGAAGCUGCUGAGGCUAGCGAACAGAGGUUGUUGACGCUUCAGAGGAGGACGAAGGAGGCGGCCGGUCGAAGGGAGGAGCUGGAGGUUGCAGCAGCGACGGCGGCUGCCACGGCUGUCGCCGCCGGCGCUUCUAUAUCGGCACCAAAGUCCAAAGCGUCGGGCGUCGCGACCAGACAGUCUGUCCUUGGCAAGUCAAAACAAACGGCGAAGGAUGAGGGCGUCGAUCCCGCGCUGGCGAAGGCGCGAGCAUCCGCUGUGCGUGAGGCGGCGCAGGAUCUCGAGCGCGAGAAAGCGGCGGCGGCCAAAGCGGCUUCAGACGCCAAAAGACUUCAACGCAAGGCGAUCGAGGCUGAGGAAGCAUCCGCCGCGGCGAGAGCCAUAUCGGCGCCGCCGUACCUGAAGGGACUUUUCAUCGCAUCCAGGGCUUUCGUAUGCGCGUCGCCGGAUGCUGCGGCGGAAGCCGAGGCGCUCGCCAAGGAGCUCGGUUCCCUCGGGUACCCUUCCUCCGUUCGUCCCGACGGCGUCGACGCGGCUCCGGCCCGGGCCAAAUCCGCCGCCGCCGUCGUGGUCCACGCGUCCGCGGACGGUGACGCCGGAUGCCAGACCGAGGUUGCCGCGGCGGUCGCUGCGGGUCGACGCGUCGUCGCACUCUGCGAGGGUUCUCCCCCGUCCUGGCUCGGACCGGGAACCGUCGCGGUUGGACCAGCCGGCGGCGCGAAGGCAGUCGUUAAGCAGCUCGGUCCGCCCGCGACGCUUCUUGAACGAAUUCCGGCCAACUCAAUCGCCGCAAUCGCGGGCGCGGGUGCGGGACCGGACCUCAUGGGACUCGCGGGUCUGACCUCGUUGCGUCUUCCCGACGCUUCACCCGCGAUUGUUGACGCGUUGAUCGACAUUCUGAAAGAGCGCACGUGCACCAUUCGCUCGUUGCUCCUUCCCGGAUGUGGGCCGGAUGUCGCGGUGAGAAUCGCGUCGGCUGCGUUUGCAUGCGCAUCCUGCCAGUCUCUGUCGUUCGGAGGUGCGUCUCUGCCCCUGGGGGAGAUUCGGAAGCAGGGCGAGUCGCUCGAGGCCCUGGACCUGACUGCCGACGCCGGAGCGGAUGGAAUCGGGCUCAGAGAUGCGGAAAUCGCCGCGUUGAAAGCUAUCCUCGGCGAGGGAGACGCAAAGUAUGGCGCAAAUGUCACAAAACUUGUGCUACCUCCGCUUCUCUCCGCGAGCCAGACCAGGAAGGUCGUGGAAGCCAUUGGGUGCAGAGCGCUUCCAUCCAUCAACGGGGUGCCGGCGUCCAUGUCGGUGAAGGAGGGUGCGUCGCCCUACUCGCUCGACAUCGCGGGCACGCCCUGCGGUGUGCCUGGACUCGUCACGCUCUCCGGUGCUGUUACCAAGUUGGCAAAGGGAGAUGUCGCGACGCUGCGUUUCCUGGCUCUGGGCGAAACCGCGUUGGGUCCCAAGGGUGGUAUCGCUCUCGCAGAAAUUCUCCGGGACGGUUCUUGCGCGGGGCUUGAGCGUCUGUCGCUUCCAGGCGCGGGGCUCGGCGCCGAGGGCGUUGAAGCGGUGUGUGCGGCGUUGCCCCCCAAGCUCCAAGCGCUCGAUGUCGGAUCCAACGGAUGUGGAGAUCAGGGCGCUAAAGCUGUCGGGGAAGCGCUGAAGCGUUGCGCGAACAUGAAGCGGAUUGGGCUCGCUGCAAACGAGCUAAGCGAGGUUGGCGCCAGGGCACUCGCUCCGUUUAUCCGUGAUCACGCGUCUCUCGAAGAGCUACACGUGACGGGCAAUCGUGUCGGCGAUCGGGGAUGCUCCGCACUCGCCAUGGCCGUUCGGUCGACGAAUGCUCCGAUCGUCAAGCUCGCGUUGAACGAGAAUUUCAACAUCACCGCGGGGGCCUGCAAAUCCUUGGCGCAGUGCAUCGCGUCGUCCAGGACCCUCCAGGAACUCGAUCUCAGCAAGGUUAUGAUCGGCGCCGAAGGAGCAAAGGCGCUCGCCGCGGGUCUCUCUGAAUCGCCCGCGCUGCGUGUUUUGGAACUCGGUUCUUGCAAGCUCAGAGCCGACGGCGCCAAGUUUAUCGGCGAGGCGCUCGUACGGAACCUCUCCCUCGAGCGACUUGGUCUGUCGAGGAACUCGCUCGGGGACAAAGGCGUGUUCGAACUUGUCGCGGCUGGACUGCAAGGAUCUAGGAGCCUUCGAGAUUUGGACCUUCGCCACAACUCCAUCGGGCCAGAGGGUGCAAAACGACUCGGGGCGAUGCUCGAGCGGAAGAACUUUGUGUUGAAAAAUCUCGAGUUGGCGGGAAACAAGCUCGACGCCUCGACGGAGUCGAAGCUUGUCGCACGCGCCGCGUCUUUGAGGACAAGACCGUCCGCGCUCGGGGUUCCCAGAAAGGCGCUGACGGUAUCGAAGAUCGUCGAAGGAGAUGAGAACCAGGAGGGGAUGAACAUUGAAGUCCCGACGUAGUGAUGAAGAGUAGACGCGGCAUCUUCGCAACCUCCCCUUUUCUUCCAUCUCGCGUGACCAUGACGCGAGUAGUUUAUUAGGUUGUAUUAUUAACAAGUGGGUUUAGC